AUGUCUUGGUCUCUGUGCCUCUCCACAUCAUCCGAGAAACCUUCAAAAUCAUUGUCCCUUGGCCUGGCUCCCCUGCUUACUAGUGUGAGUGAGGUCGUGCCGCCCUCCCCCCCCUGCACUGUGUUCCUGGACCUGUCCUGGCCAGGCAGCACAACACGGCGGGUCAAAAUCCAUCUGAGCCCCGACACCCCGCGGGGCAGGCAGUUUCUGUUGCUGUGCACAGGGCAGCGCGGCCCCUCCUACCGCAACACCAGCUUGCUAGGGGUGGUGAAGAAGGGGCAAUUGGGAGAGUUUGUGUGGGCCGGGGACUAUGAGAGUAAUGAUGGGGAGGGGGAUUCCAUCCUGCUGCCUGACCUUAAUAAGGGUAAGUACCGAAGGUCAGGCCGGCUGGGGGAUGUGUGUGGGCUGUUGUGGAAUGACCAUACCCAGGGUGUGCGUGGUCUGUUUGGCAUCUUCACCAAGUAUUGUCUGGAAAGUCAGAAUUCGUCUCUUGUCUUCGGUGAGGUGGUGGAGGGACUGCCCGUGGUGGUUGAGGCAGCCCAACACAGCAACAUUAGGGAGGUGACUGUGGUGGACUGUGGUGUGGUGUUGUGA